UUCAUCAAAGGGUGUGGAGACCUCGGAGACGGAACUCUCCAGAGCAGCGUAGGCGAUUGGCUAUCUCGGGCGGCACGCGCGAGCGCUGCAAUAAACCCCCUAGCGAGCACUUCCUUAAACCGGAAGCGCACGACGAUGUUCGCCACGGCGGGGCAAGAGAGGGUCGCACCAUCGCCAUGCACGCCGGCCGGUGAACAUGGAACACCAAGGCGACUCGGGACCCAAUCAACGAAAAUCCCCGGGCCUCUUUGGCGGCGAGCAUGCAAUAGCGUUGCAUCGGCGUAACCGUCGUGGAGCAAAGCAGGCGCAGCAGGAGCCGGAGCAGGAGCCGGAGGAGCAGCAGCAAGCCCAAAAGCUUUCUUCAUGCACCACUAGCCGUUUCAAAGCCCGCAGCAGCGGGCCUCGUGCCUGCGCGCUCCUCCAUCCGCCGCCGGGCGUGGCCCGCAUGAUCUAGCGGCGGAGGCACCGCCGCCAAAAAAGCAAUUCGUGCAUACGCAUCCAUCAUCAUCAUCUCAGGCAACGACGAGACAUGCAUGACGUGAAAGAAAAGCAAAAACCAAACAGACAGACAGACAGACAGACAGACAAAAGAAAAACCAGCAGCAACAAUGACGAGACGUACGUCCGCAGAAUUUAACGAUCGCGAUCGACAGAGAAAUAAAAAGAGAAAGAGAGAGGGGUGUCCAAACCUACAGCAUCGCUCUCACCAACCCCAUACCUACCUUAGGUGGAUAUCCUACCCAACCACGCGCAACCCCAAAGCGUCAGCGCCCAGCGCCCAGCGCGCCGCUCGUCGCACAACGCUCACCCACCCACCUACCUCUCUACUCCUUGCCAAAACGGCACAACCCGCGAAAAGAACCGCGGCCCGUCCCACAUCAUCAGCAGCAGCAGCGUCUCCAUGGUGACCGGCAGAGACGACGACGCCAAAGAACGUUGC